GAGGAAGAGCCGGCCGCGCGCCGAGCAGGGACCAGCCUUGCGUCAGACGAGCGCGGCUCGCCGGAGACUCGGCCGGGCAGCAACGCACGCCGCGACGAUGGAGAGCUUCAGGAACGGCGCCGUGGUGCUGUGGGCAUGGCUGCUGUGCGCCGAGGCGCAACAGAGACGCGACUGCGCGCUCCGCCUGCCCGCCUCCUCGCCCAGCUUCGCCUUCAACGGGAUUGAGGGCUCCGAGGAGGCGGACGUGUGCAUCAGCUACGAGGACGUGAGCGACGCCUUCCUGCGCGCCGCGGAGAAGGCAGGGCUGAACAACCCGCCUCGCGAGUACGACGUUUACAGCCUGGGCCUUCUCGGAACAGCUCUGCAAGAGACCACCCGGCUUCUGGCAGACAGGUUCUCGCUGUCGCGGGGCGACAUCGCCUACGGCCUGCCGCGCAUCGACACGCUGCGCACGCGCGUGGCGGACUUCUGCCCGCGCUUCCUGCGCUCCCAGCGGCGGCGAUGUGAGGCUUCGCGCUACCGCCGCCAUGACGGCGCCUGCAACAACCCGGAGCGGCCCACGUGGGGCUCCGCGCGCGCCUCGUUCCGCCGCUUCCUGCCGCCCGACUACGCCGACGGAGUGAGCGAGCCGCGGGCCGCGCGCACGGGAUUCCCGCUGCCCAACGCGCGCGCCGUGUCUGCGCUCGUGCACCGCGACGCCAGCAAGCACGACCACACCGUCACCUUCCUGUUCGUGGUGUGGGGCCAGCUCGUCGACCACGACCUCACCCUCACGGCCGAGACGCGCGACCCGGUGACCUUGAGGGAGCCCGACUGCUGCGGGCCGGGGGCGGAGCGCCACCCCAACUGCCUGCCCGUGGAGCUGCCGCCCCAGGACCCCUUCUACCGCCGCCACCGCCAGCGCUGCUUCAACCUGCUGCGCUCGCUCGCCGGCGUCAGGGACGACUGCCGCCUGGGCCCGCGGGCGCAGACGAACGCGGUGACGUCCUACCUGGACGGCAGCGUGGUGUACGGCUCCAGCGAGAAGGUAGCCGACGAACUGAGGCUGCUGCGCGGAGGACAGCUGAGGACCCUGCCCAUCUUCAGGGAGCUGGGGCUCAAGAACCUGCUGCCCCUGAAGAUAGACUACCCGGAGGACGGCUGCAUCCGGCCCGACAAGGACGUGUACUGCUUCCUCGCCGGCGACAACCGCGUGAACGAGCAGGUGGCACUGUCGGUGCUGCACACGAUGCUGGCGAGGCAGCACAACGACAUCGCCGGCAGACUCGCGGAGAUCAACCCGCACUGGGACGACGAGAGGCUGUACCAGGAGGCGCGCCACAUCGUGGCUGCGCUGAUGCAGCACAUCACGUACUCGGAGUUCCUGCCCUUGCUGCUGGGGAAGGACUCCGUGAAGAAGUACAGCCUGGAGCCCAGGACAGAGGGCUACGCGGACGACUAUGAUCCUCGCGUCGACGCCACGGUGACGAGCUCCUUCAUAACAGCGGCCUUCCGGUUCGGACACUCGCUGCUGCCGAGCGCCGUCGAGCGCUGGAGCGUCUCGCACAAGUUCAUCGAGUCGCAGCGGCUGAGCGAGGUGCUGAAGAGGCCGUACAACCUGUACAAGCCGGGCUGGUACGACCAGUACGUGAUGGGGCUCGUGAACCAGGUGUCGCAGGCCAUGGACGACUUCGUCACUCAGGAGGUGACGAACCACCUCUUCCAGCAGCCGCUGCAGCAGUUCGGGAUGGACCUGGCCGCCAUCAACGUGCAGCGCGCCCGCGAGCACGGCGUGCCCAGCUACAACCAGUACCGCAGCUGGUGCGGCCUGCCGCUCAUGGAGCGCUGGUCCAACAUGCUGCACGCCAUGCCCAACUCCACCGUGCACCGCUACAACGACGUAUACGAUCACCCGGAUGACAUCGACCUGUGGUCGGCGGGGGUGGCAGAGCAGCCGGCGCCGGGCAGCAUGGUGGGACCCACCUUCAACUGCCUCAUCGCGCGCACCUUCAGGCGGCUCAGGACCGGCGACCGCUUCUGGUACGAGAACCCUGGCCAGCCCGGCUCCUUCACGCCAGACCAGCUGGAGACCAUCCGGAGCGUGAAGCUGUCGCGGCUGCUGUGCGACUCCGGCGACCGCGUGGAGACCAUCCAGGUGUACUCCAUGGCGCUGCCCGACGCGCAGACGAACCCUCGAGUGUCGUGCAAGAGCAGGGUGCUGGCUCGCCUGGACCUCAGCAAGUGGAGGGAGGACCCUCUGCCGAAGCAGGUUACUAUCACUGCUGAACAAAACAUUCGUCCAGAUUCGCAGAGAAGAUCGUACGUGAGGUUUCCUGAAUACAUAUUCCUCCCAGUGUAGAUCGACAAACAAUUUACAACUGGGUUAAACAGAAGACUGAUGAACCACAAGAGCCAAUGAUUAAAUGGAUAAAUUUCAUGGUGUUUACGAUUGAAGUGAAUGUCUCAAAGAUUCAGACUACGUAAUUAUCACUUUCAAAAUACUGUGGAAACAUUGCACGUUAUUUAUAGCUGUGCUGUUUUUUGAUUGUGGACUUGUGUACAAAAGAAGAAACAUGUAUUAAGACAGCAUUAAAAUCAAGACCACGCUCAAAAAACAACUAUCGUUGAAUUUGGUGCACUUUAUGUAAAUAAAAAUAUAUUUUUGCAAAUUU